AUGGACUAAAACGUUGUCAGUUCUUUAAUUUGGAUUAAAAAAGGUUUCGCAAAAAAGAAUCCAAAAGAGUUUGAAUUAAAUGAAGAACAGAUAAAGCAAAUGAAAAAUGACCCUUUAGUUUAAAAAAAACUAGGAUAAGAGGAUGAGAAUAUAAGCGACGAAGAAGAAGAAAACCUUCCUGUAUUUACAUAAGAUAUAAAUAUGCUUAAAUAUGAUGAUAAUAUAGAUUAGAAUGGAGAUCCUAUAGUAAAAAAAAAAAUAUACUAUUAAAUAAAAUAAAAUAAAAAUAAGGCUUUUGAUGAAAUGUCUGACGAAGAAAAAGAAGAUUUUAAUAUAAGACCUACAGAUGCUUUAAUAGUAGCUGCAAAAAUAGUAAAAAUAAAUAAACAAAAACCGAAAAAUCGUAAAAAUAUAAAAGGAAAAAGAAUUUUCUAGUUUAGAAAUAUAUGUAUAUGAAGAAGAUAAAAAUAAUCUUUUCGUUCAUCAUGAAAUAUAACUUUCCGCGUUUCCAUUAUCUUUGGAAUGGUUAAGAGUAGCUCCUUCAUCAUUUGAACAAUAAACAUAAAUAUAAGGUAAUAGAAAAUAAAUGAUGUUUUAAAAAAAUAAAAAAAAGGAAAUUAUGCGAUUGUAGGUAGCUUUUUGCCUGAAAUUGAAAUAUGGAAUUUAGAUGUGUUAAAUGUAAUCGAACCUGAUUUUGUUUUGGGAGGAGAAAUGGAAAUUAGUAAUAAAAAAGUAAAGAAGUUUAAAAAUAAAAAAUAAUUAAAAC